GGCGCCAUGAACGCAGAUGUGGCGGAAGUUGCAAAUGCACUAGCAAACCCGCAUCCGUUUCAGGAGCCUUCUUUCAUGCGGUCGUUGGAUUUGGAGGCUAUGCACGCACCGGAGUUUUCGCAAUAUAUGAAUCCAGCCCCUCCUGUUGUGGCGGAUGGUGAGUUCACAGUGGGGAUGGAAUUCAGUUCAAGGGAGGCAGUAAUCAAGGCAAUGAAAGAUUAUACCAUCCGGAGAGGUGUGGACUAUCGGGUAUAUGAGUCGGAACCGACGACAUUCUAUGCAAAAUGUACAGAAUAUGGGAAUGGUUGUGACUGGUUGAUCAGGGUAACCAAAAUGCAGAAGAAGUACUGUUGGGAGAUAAGGAGGUACAAUGGAAGUCAUACUUGUACGAGGUCUACUAUUUCUCAAGACCAUUCGAAGCUGGAUUCCAAGACAGUUGCAGAAGCAAUAAAGCCGUUGGUAGAGGUUGACCCGUCUAUAAAGGUGAAAUCAGUAAUUGCUGAUAUCCAGUCAAAGUUUAACUACACCAUCAGUUAUCGCAAGGCUUGGUUAGCAAAGCAGCAAGCGAUCGAAUCAAUUUUCGGAAGUUGGGAAGCAUCGUAUGAAGCUUUGCCGAUAUGGUUUGAGGCCAUGUGCCACAAAGAGCCAUCAGCAGUGGUUCACUUUGAAACAAUGCCAGCUUACCAGAGGGAUGAUUUAGUUCCUGAUAUACGUGUUCUACAUAGAGUCUUCUGAAGUUAUUACCCCUGUAUAAGGGCCUUCAGACACUGCAAGCCAGUGGUGCAGGUGGACGGGACUCAUUUGUAUGGAAAAUACAAGGGUUGUUUAUUGGUUGCAGUCUCACAAGAUGGUAAUAACAACAUCGUGCCUAUUGCAUUUGCCAUAGUGGAGGGAGAGACUUCUGAUGCAUGGCACUUUUUUCUGAGCAACCUGCGUCAACAUGUGGUGACACGUGAUGGUGUCGGACUAAUAUCUGAUCGACACGAUUCGAUUAGGUCAGCUAUUGAACGAAGUAAUGGGGCGUGGUCUCCUCCAAAAGCUUUCCAUAUGUUUUGUAUCCGGCAUAUUGAGUCCAACUUCUUGAGGAAGUUCAAAGCACCUUACCUGCAGAAGCUUAUCGUCAACAUUGGAUACUCGAGGACGACCAGGGAGUACCAGAUGCGCUAUGAACGAUUA